CGGGCAUGGAAUAAAAACAUAAAAACUUUAUUUUAUACUAUAAGUAGGCUGUGUCAGCCAAAGCCAACACCAAAAGAAGGCCCCAAUUUGAUUUCGAUUUCAAUAAGCAAAAUGAGCAACACGUUGGCCCCCGUCUAUUAUAGUGCGGAGACAGUCCGAAGUUUCCUCACCUGGCCGCUGGUGAUCGAGGCCGUUGAGUCGGCACUUCGGGCAGUCGUGGCCAUGUCGGUCCAGUCGCCCAAUGAGCCGUUUGUGAACCAGCCCGGGAGGAGCUUCACCUCAAGCAAAGAGCCGGGCCAGGUGUUGCUGACGAUGCCCGCCUUUGUGGGCAACUACAAACUGACCUCGGCUGGCAGUGGCGGUGACGCCGCCAACAUUCCACACUCGACACUGGCCUGCAAGCUGGUCACCUCGUUCAGCUCCAAUCCCCAGCGCGAUCCGCCGCUGCCCAGCAUCAAUGCAAACAUCCUGCUGUUCAGCCUGGAGACCGGUGAGCUGACCACCAUCAUGGCCGGCACGGACAUAACCACCUGGCGCACAGUGGCCGCCUCCCUGGUGGCCACCAAGCACCUCUACUUUCGUCGCUUUGGGCCGCGUGCCGAGCGUGAGCGCGAGAUAACUGUGGCCAUCAUUGGGUGCGGAGUACAGGGCCAAAUGCAUGCAUCGGCCUUUUGUUCCCAGUUCAAGGUGAAGCAAUUGAAUCUCUACAAUCGCACCAUCGCCAAGGCCCAGCGGCUGUCCGAGCAGUUGCAGCAGACGCCUGGAUUCGGCAGCCAGACCAAAAUUACUGUAUGCAACUUUCCAUGGGAGGCUGUGCAGGGCUCAGAUGUCAUUUGUGUUGCCACCUACUCAAAGGUGCCGCUGGUCUAUGCAGCAGAUCUGCGCCCAGAUGGAUGUGUGCAUAUUAAUGCUGUGGGCGCUGGCGAAAUUCACUACUCCGAGGUGGCGGAUAAUGUUUACGGUCUGGCCCAGAUCUAUGUGGAUAGCUAUGCCAAUGCCCAAAGCGAGUUGAUUGGCCUGGCCGCGCCCAUUACCGCCGAGCUGGGAUCGGUCAUCAAGCAUGGCACACUCCCGGCAGAGUCAGCAGUGACCAUCUUCCAGUCCAUGGGAAUGGCCUCAGAGGAUGCUUGUGUGGCGCAGGCCGUGCAGGAUGCAAUUCUCUCCAGCGGCAGACUGCCAAACUUGUGAUAAAUCAAAGGACAGAGUGGGGCGGGAGUUGACUUAUGUUGAGGCAUUUAUGGCAACUAAUAAAUAUUUCAUGUAUACAUAUAAAAAUCAAUUGGAAA